UGCGUUGUAGCACAGUGCCCAAAUUGAUGACGUGGUGGUGCCGUUCACCUACCGGACGAGACAGAAUGGCAGACCAGAGCAGGCAGAUCAAACUCGCCGCGGCCAAAAAAAAGCUGAAGGAGUUUCAGCAGAAGAGUGCCCCGCCUUCCGGGGGGUCAAGCAUCAAGAAGAAGAGGAAGACAAAGGAAGCGGGUCAGCUGGACCCCCCCCAGGGAGACAGACACUCCCCAGAUAAUAUUCAGAGCAUACUGAAAGUUCUGGUGUCUGAUCUUAGCGUGACCAAUGGGGUCGCUCUCCCUCCGUUUAUUAACAGCCAGGCUCUCAUUGACGGUGAGGCCAGGGCGUCUCCGAGCGCGCAGCUGGAAGAUGAGCAGCACAGAGAGCCCGACCGCCGCUCGCCGGUGCCUAACGCUAACGCUAGCGCUAUUAACCCCGAGCCUCGCAGCCAGAGCCCUGCCGCGCAGAGCUCGAGCCCUGACGCGAACUGCAAUGAAAAUUCCCUGGAAGAGAACAGACCGCUGUCCUCCACGGAAAGCUUGCGCCAGCUGUCCCAGCAACUCAACGGCCUGCUAUCUGAGACGCCCGGGCAGUCUCCAUCGUCCUACGUGAACGGGGACAGUGCGGUGUCGCCGGCCAAUGAGAAGGAGCUGGAGACCCGAAACCAGGAGCUGGCAGCCGCCCUGGACUCCAGCAAGCUCACAAACACUCAGCUGAGCUCAAAGCUAGACCAGCUGACACAUCAGUCCCAGGAGCUCUCGGAGCAGCUACAGAAGGAGCGCAAAGAGUUUGAGCAGAAGUUUCUGAAGGAGCAAGGAGCCAUGCGGGAGCAGCUGCAAGUCCACAUCCAGACCAUUGGGAUUCUGGUGUCGGAGAAAUCGGAGCUGCAGACGGCCUUGUCCUACACGCAGCAGGCCGCUCGACAGAAGACCGGGGAAGCGGAGGAGUUCAGUAACCGGCUGCAGUCCUCCAAACAGCGGGUGUCAGAGCUGGAGAGGACCCUGUCCUCCGUCUCCACCCAGCAGAAGCAGUUUGAGAAGCAUAAUAAAGAGCUCGAGAAGGAGAGAGACAGCCUAAAGCUGGAGGUGUACAGACUGAAUAAAGGGAACGAGGAGGCGAGGCAGCAGAGCUCCGAGCUGGCCGAGCAGCUGAAGCUGAGGGCGGGCGAGAACGACGCCAUGCGCUACGAGCUGGACGACCUGCGCAAGAGGCUGGAGAUGGCCGACCUGAUGAUCCAGCAGUUCUCCAGCCAAUCAGGGCCUCCCAGCAGCAACCAGCAAGCGCAGCUGCUCCUGGAGGAGAAACUGCAGUUGGAGGCGCACACAGCACAGCUGAUGGAGUCUGUUGCGCAGCUGCAGACGGAGAGAGACCAGUACGCUGCGCAGAUCCAGGAGGAGGGCCGCGUGUGGAAGGAGAAAACGGAGCAGCUGCUGACUCAGGUGACGUCCAUAUCGGAGGAGAGGGACGGCUGCGCCGCUCGCAUCCUGGAGCUGGAGUCCCAAAUCACAGAGCUGAAGAGCGCUGCGGCCCUGUUGUCCCAGGAAGCAGAGGCCUUGGCCCCGCCCCCGCCUGCGGGGCCCUCGGAGGCCGAGCUGAGCCUGCAGGAGGCCCUCAGCAGCCUGCAGCAGGAGAGGGACGGGCUCAGCGCCCAAUACCAGGCCCAGGUCCGGGACAACGAGCAGCUGAGCCGGCUGGUGCAGGAGCAGGAGGCGCGGCUGCUGGAGCUGGAGCGGGAGGCGCAGCGCGAUGCGGAGGAGGCGCAGGACCGCCAUCGCCUCCUGGAGGACGCGCAGAGCGACAAGGCCACCAUCAGCCGCGCGCUGGCGCAGAACCGCCAACUCAAAGAGCAGCUGGCCGAGCUGCAGAACGGCUUCGUCAAGCUGACCAAUGAGAACAUGGAGCUUAUGAAUGGGUUGCAGUCUGAGCAGCACGUGAAGAAGGAACUGGCAAGAAAAAUGGGCCAGCUGCAGGAGGACCUGCACCACAUCAAAGAGCAGCUGGAGCAGAAGGUGGAGGAGGCCCGGGCGGCCCAGGAGCAGCGGGACCAGUACCUGGCCCACCUGCAGCAGUACACCAGCGGGUACCAGCAGCUGGUUUCCGAGCGGGAGGAGCUGCACCGGCACUUCCUGCAGCAGACGCAGCUGAUGGACCGGCUGCAGCACGAGGAGGUCCAGGGCAAGGUGCAGCUGGAGCUCAGCCAGCAGCAGCUGGAGCAGGCGCAGGAGAAGCUGAACCAGCUGGCCAAAGAUAACGAGGACCUGAAGACGGAGGUGCAGGAGCUCCUGAACAGCUCAGCGCUGGGCUCGCCAUCCAGAGUCCAGGGUGAUGGACUGGAGAGCAAGACUGUGUAUGAGAGCUUCCAGAAAUCUGACAGUCUCACCAUCCCAGAGGACUUUGACAGCAGGGAACAGAUGGAGGAGUUUGUGCAUUCCGCCCUGAGCCACCUGGAGAAGGAGAGGGACGAGGUGGCCUGGCAGCUGGAGGAGGAGAGAAGGCUGCACCAGGCCUCCCUCCAGCAGGUGGCGGAAAUGAGUCAGGAGCACCAUCACCACAGCACCUGCACAGACGUAGCCUCGGACCUGGGUUCGGACAGCGUGCCGGCGGAGGUGCACGAGGCCCUGCGCGUUGCCAUGGAGAAGCUGCAGCUGCGCUUCACUGCGCUGAUGCAGGAGAAGGUGGACCUGAGGGAGCGCGUGGAGGAGCUGGAGCACCGCUGCAUUCAGCUCUCUGGAGAGACCGACACCAUCGGAGAGUACAUCGCUCUGUACCAGAACCAGAGAGCGAUCAUGAAGCAGAGACACUUGGAGAAGGAGCAGUACAUCAGCAUGCUGGCCAAAGACAAGGAGGAGAUGAAGGUGAAACUGGCGGAGCUGCAGGACCUGGUCAUGCGCUUGGUGGCCGAGCGGAACGAGUGGUACAGCAAGUACGUGCAUUCGGUCAACAACCCGGACCUGCUGCCCGCCGGCGCGGAGCCCUGCGCCCCCGCACAGAGACGCAUGGAGCUCAACGCCGUCGACGGCCCAGAGUCCAUGGAGGUGAGCUCAGAGCUGGCCCUGGGCCCGUCGGUGCUGGGGGGGUCAGACGUGGAGCCCCUGCUGCAGGAGGCGGGCGAGGUCGGGGCGGAGAGCGCGGGGGCGCCGCCGCGCCCCCCGGUGGAGGACGGGACGGCCCAGCAGAUCAUGCAGCUGCUGCAGGAGAUCCAGAACCCUCAGGCCCGCCCCGCCCCCUUCCUGGGGGAGAACCCCUGCAUCCCCUUCUUCUACCGGGCCGACGAGCACGACGAGGUCAAGAUCCUGGUGGUCUGAGACUCCUCCCCCUGCCCCGCCCCCUUCCCUCCUGCCCCGCCCCCUUCCCACACACCCUCCCAUUUGGCUGAAGGGACUCUCCCGCCUUUGGCGGACCUGACCGGAGAGCUCUGCAACUAGCUCUUUAAGGGAUGAAAGUAAGUGUGUGUGUGUGUGUGUGUGUGUGUGUGUGCGUGUGUGUGUGUUUUGGUCUCCUUCCAACGGAGUCUCUUGUAACCGAAACGCAGCGAGCGUAUGAACCGCCACACCUGUGCCCCGCCCCCUUUUCCCUUCCCCGCCCCGCCCCCUUCCCCAAUUUCCAAGGCUCGGUUGGAGGGUCUCCCUGGAAGUGCGCUGUUACCUUCAGCUGCCGUCGUGAAAGUGAAGAAAGGACAGACUGAACGAACGUUUAAAUGAGUUUUCUCUCCACCGUCUCCCUAAUGCGGGAGCUCAGUACACCCUCCCUCUGCCCAAACGCCCCCCACCCCCCCCCGUUAAUAUCUAAAAUCUGGUUCGGGAAGAGUCAGGGUGGCUUAGGAGGGUGGGGGGGGGGGGUCCAUCAUUACACUCCUGCGAUGGGACUAGUUUGUGACCAAGGCUUGAGAAUCACCCUAAGGGUGCAUCUAGUGCUGAUCUGGCCCCCGGCCCCCUUGUGUAAAAGACCUGCAUUUUGAGAUUGAUCAGGAGGAGAUUGAUCUUUUUCCUUUACUUUUGUGCACUUGCUUUAAACGUUUAAAAAAAAGACAUUAAAUACAUGAAAAUGUAAUAAUUGCGUAGACUAGAUUUUAAAAUGCUAACCAGAGAAACGUCUCUCCAAAGAGAAAGCAGCCGACCGAGUAUCUACGUUUGCAGUUUUUUUUCUUUGCUAUAUUUGGGUGGGGGUUGUUUUCGCCAGGAGAGUUGCUCCUAGCCUGGGUUCGGACUGGAAGAUGAGCCCGCUGAGUUUGGCGCCUGUGGGCAUCGGUCCCUGCACGUGCCCUGUCCUGCUGGCACACGGAGGUGGGGGAGGGGGGGGGGGGGGUGGCGUCUCAUCGGAAGGCCGCAGGAACAGGAAGCGAGUCAGAGACGCGCGGCGUCGGCGCGGCGGGGGUCUGAAACGCGAGUGGGGCGGCAGCCCGCGGGAGAGCUCGCCGUCUUUCGCGCGACAGUUCCGGAAGGAUCUAGAUUCGUCUAGCGGAAACGGCGGUGUCUUUGUGCAAUACAGCGUCAGCCAGGGUCCGGUCUGCCGGUACGUGUCCAUUUUUGAUUUCCCGUCUGCCCGAAGUGACGCUUUCUGAACGCACUCGAGAUUCCACUUGUCGGCGCGGCCGCUGCACGGUCUUCGUGUGCGAUGAGUAACGUAGACGUAGAAUAACAUGGGCUUUGAGAGUGUUCUCUCUUGGUUUGCGUAGAAACUGUCCCGGGUCAAAAGCGGCGUCUGGAAUGUCCGGGCAGGGAGAUUCCCCACCCCCUGAGGGAGGGGAACAGCUUCUGUGGUUGACGGAGGAAUGCAAUUUUUUUUUUUUUUUAAGUACAAAAGCGUUUGGCCCUGUUACCGUAUUUUCAGCCACUGCUGUUCAAUGUGUGUGCCCAUUCUGGCGGUGUGUGUCUCUGUGGUGGAGAGUCCUCCUGCAUUGCUUCUAGCCCUAGGACAGGAAGCGCAUUAGGACAGGAAGUGCUUUAGGACAGGAAGUGCUUUUCGACAGGAAGUUCUUCAGGACAGGAAGUGCUUUUCGGACAGGAAGUGCUUCAGGACAGGAAGUGCUUCCUGCUUCCUUUGAGAAUGCGCUGAGAAGGCGGAGAGUAAGUGAAAAUGCGUGCAUGCCCGCUCGCGUGUGUGUCUGUGUCACGCGUCCCCAUUAGGACGUAAAUAUUUAAAAUAAUAAUAAAAUAAAAUUGAU